AUGGAAAAACUAUUCAAGAACCGAGAGUUGAACGUCAGUGUAAGAAUUGUGAAAAGUGGUGAGGGGGUACUGUUUUAUGCAAAAGAUGUGGCGGAAUCCCUAGGGUACUCGAAUACGAAAAAAGCAAUUAGAAAUCAUGUUUGGGAAGAGGAUAAGUGCACUCUAGGGUCAAUCCAAAGGGGUGCCCCCGAGGGACCCACCUUGAAAGGCCAUCCCAGCUCUAUCCUGAUCACUGAACAGGGUCUAUACCAGUUAAUUUUUGGAUCGGAGCUCAACACUGCAAGGGACUUCAGGAGUCGGGUGUUCAAAGAAGUCCUUCCAUCUAUCCGAAAGACGGGAUCAUAUAAUUUACCAGAUAGAAGGUCACUCAGGUACAAUCAAAUGAUUCUCCUAAAUGAAACGGACCUUCAUACUACGGUUGUGAGCUACAUUAGGGACAACUACCCAGAGGCGGUAAUAAUACCUGGUUUAGGUGAGUAUCAGGAUACAGUGUCGAAGAGGUGUGAUGCUUGGAAGAAGGGAUACAGGAGUGGUCAACCUGAUCUUAUCAUUGAGAAUCCAAAAGGAAAGUAUAAAGGAUUUGCUAUUGAAUUUAAGUCUCCAAAGGGCACAGGAGUUUUAAGUGAGAGGCAGCAACUAUGGCUUAUAAAACUCAGGAGUAUGGGAUAUGAUACACUAGUGUCAGAUGAUAUAGUGAAAACUUGUAUCAGAAUCAAUGAGUACUUCUCACUUAAGAAACCAAGAAAAGUUGCAACGAAAAAUCCUGUCUACAACGUAAAGACUUACAGACCAAGGUUCAGUUCAGGUAAGUACUAGCUGCGCUAGCAGCGUCCAAUAACAUAGUUAUUGCUAAGUUAUCUCACAAGUAGAAUCAGGACAUCUCAUAAGUAUAUCCCAGUUAUCUCACCAGUUAUCUUACCAGUAGAUUUAAGUUAUCUCACAAGUAAAUCUAAGACGUCUCACAAGCAGAUUCAAGAUAUCUCACAAGUAGAACAUAAGAUAUCUCACGAGACGCAACUGGGUUAA